GUCGAGUGAAGUAAAAAGUGAAGAGUGAGGAAGAAAACAGGGCCGUCUGCACCUCCAGAGCCUCAGGACGUAAUCUUUCUGUUGUUCCUGCUGUGAAAGGACUUUAACAGAGCUAAAGAAAUGAAUCGACUCGAAGAAGUGGAGUUGGAAAAAAGCGUGAGGCGACUGAGAGAGACGUUUCAUGGAAACAUUCCAAUCGACAAGGCGACUUUACUCAUGCACCGUUACGGGAAAGAUUAUCGGAUGGUAACGAAGGUGCUUAUACUGAUGAAAGAUCAAGACCUGGACGAUGAUGACAGAUGGUCUCUAAAAAACGAUCCUGUUGUAAAGAAUGUGGUCGAGAAACUGCAGAAUGAGGAAAGAGAUAAGGAGACAAGAAACGACAAACAAGCAGGAGCCAGUAAUGAUCCUCAGAGCACUAAGCAACCUAAAGCAAACAAAGUGCCUCAGGAGGACAAAGACAUACAGGAACUCGGGCAGAAACUUCGGGUCCUACCUCUAACAGAGAAGAAUAAGCGCAUGUUCGAUCUUGCGCAGCAGAACCAAAUGCCCUCCACUGAUCACCAGUUCGCUUGCACGUCGUGUGACAAGAGCUGGUGGAGACGAGUCCCUGUGAGAAAGAGGGUGUCUCGCUGUCCCAAGUGCAAACGGAAAUACGACCCUGUUCCACCUAACAAAAUGUGGGGCAUCGCAGAGUUCUUGUGCCAUAACUGUACUCGAUCUUUCAAGGGGUUCGGUCGAAUGGAUCUGGGAUCUCCGUGUUAUAACUGCCGCUUCAUUGUUAUGCCAACGCGCAUCCUUCCUCCACGCAAAAACCUUAUGAACCAUGGGCUGAGGAGAAGACACCAGCACAGCUGCCUGGCAGAGGACUGCUAUAACAGACAGGAGCCUCAUGUCUGUGGUACAGAGUGUGUGCACCCAGUCAGCAGGGCGAAGAAUGGUAAACCGCAAGUGGUGAACCCCAGCCAUCCCCACAUCAGCAGUGGCUCCACAGUGAACACGUGUCUGAGUCAGGGCAGCCUGAUAGACGAUUUGUUCGACAUCCUCAUGGAGGACAUCCGCGAGGAGGACGAGAGCGAUAACGACGACUCGGGCAGCAGCACCAGCAGCUGAAGGAAAUGCCAGAGUGUGCUCACAGCUCAGAAGUUUGGCCCUCAAGCAAGCACUGGCCCAAAGACGUCUUGAUUGUUGUAAAAUUCAUAUAAUGUGAAAUUUGACACCUAGAAGAAGACAGAGCUUUGUUUCAGAGAAGCAACGACUUCUCAAGCAUUUUCAGGAAUUUUAAAGAUAUUUUGAGCUUUUUUCUGGUGGAUGGUUUGUAAAAGUGAUAUAAACUUAAGGGAAUGUCUUCAUUCAGAUCUGUACAUUUAUAAACUUGCUUGAUUGACACCUACAGUACUGUGCAAAGGUCUUGCACAUGCAAGGAAAUGCUGUGGAACAAAGAUGCCUUCAAAAAUAAUAAAAUUAAUGUUUAUACAUUUUUAAAAUGCUAUAAAGAGCAGUAAACAGUAAUAAAUUUAAAAAAAAUUAAACAAAGUCGAUAUUUGAUGUGAUGACUCUACUUUAGAAAAAUAGUCUCAGGUCCGAUGAGUGCAGUUUUAUAAGGAAAUGAGCUGUAGGUUUUACUGAGCAUCGUGCAGAACCAGACACAGUUCUUCUGGACACUUUGUCGCACUUUCGUCUUGAUUUUAUAGCAAAAUUCAGCGGCCUUAAUUUUUUUUUUUUUGAAAAGUAAAAGUGCUCUCUUAGGUAACAUGCAGCUUUCUUUACUGACAUCCAAACACUUUUCUAAAAAAAAAAAAAACUUUAAAAAAUACUUUUAAAAAAGGGGCGCCUAAGAAUUUUGCACAGUACUGCGUGUAAUCAUUUUUUUUUUAUUUGGUUGGUUGUUUGUUGUUUUUUUUUGCUUAACAGCAUAAUUGAUGUGUUGUAUGUCAGCAAAUAUUAUUUAUUUCCCGAGACAAUUGUCAAUCAAUAAUCCAUGUGCUUAGACAGUUAAGUUGAAGAAAUAUCAGCAAGUGUGUGUUGUGUGUUGCCUUGCCACAAAGCAGUGCACUUAAUCAUUGCUAACAAAAUCCAUAUAGUGAAAUAACCUUCAAACCAUUGUCCAGAAGUUAAUUAAGUCAUAAGUAGAUGUUGAAGCUGAUGACUUCGGUAUGUGCAGCCAGUGAAAAAUAUGCAAUCUCUUCUCUUCUUUUAAUUACUUACCAUUUACCGGUCUAUCUUCAGCCACUUCCUGCUCUUAUAUGUUAUUGAGCUCUCAAAGUCUGACUACGAAGCUGGUUUCAGCAUACACUUAUUAUCACACUGUUUAGAAAUGCUUUACCAGGAUUAUACAUAUGCAUCAGAGAUUUUAAACAUUUCAUACGAUUGAAGAGCCAUUUCUACAUUUUAUGAAGACCACAAUCAUUAUUCUGUUUUUUUUUUUACAAAAGUAUGAAGCAGAAAAAAAAUAUAUUGCUCGAGUUCACAUAUUGGAAAUUGAUUUGUACUACAAAUCUACUGUACUCUGGAACAGCUUUUCUUUUUUUUAUUGCUUUUAAUUUAAAACCCACACAAUUAACAGUUAUUCCAAGAAAUCGAGUCGUACAUGAGCUGAUAGCUGAUGAGGUGCAUAGCACUGAGUUGGCUAUAAGUCAUGUACGACGAGAUUGAGUGGAAUAACUGCUUUAUUCUAUCCACAUUCACUGGAUUUUGAGAAACAGAGCAUUUUUAUUUUUGCAAAUUUGAUAAAUAAAAACUUUUAUAUAAAACAUCCAACAAAAUCAUUUCCACUUAGAAUGUAAACACACCGGAGAAAUGACAGGAGCAAUUUGUGAAAAAUGCAAUAAUAAUAAUGUAUUUUGGGGAGGGUUUUUUUCUUCUUUAGGGUUUUUUCGGCGGUUGGCAAACCAACUUAAAGGUGCAUUACGGCCACCGACUGGGCUGGAGUGUGGAACAGGAGACAUUUGGGGGGGACACUAUUAUUUUAGCCAUUUCUGUUUCUUUUAAAUACUUGAUAAUUUUUGUUUUUUUCCAAGUAGAGUUUUUAUUUCGUCUUUGGUUGGUUCAGCAAUGCGCUCCGCCAUUUUGUUUUCUCUACUCACGGUAUAUGAGCUGAUAGCCUAGUAGUAGAGUAGCCAAUCAGAGCAUAUGAUUGCUCAUAUCCAGUGAAUGUGGAUAGAAUAAUAUACAAUAUCGUGCUGUCUGUCCUGGCUCCCCGUUGGUGGAAUGACCUUCCCAUUGAGGUCAGAACUGCCGUCUCCCUGGCCACCUUCAAGCAGAGACUGAAGGCCCACCUCUUCAGGCUGCACCUCUCCUCUGCUUCCCUGUCAAUUGUGUAAUCGCAUAACGGUCUUGACCAACUCAGGCUGUGCACCUUCUAGCUUGGUCAUGAUGACUUGGAGUUUGAUUUUUCUCUGUUUAGUUGUACUUUGUCAGCUCAUUUGUUUGGUUAAAUUGGUUUGUUUUCCUUGGCUGUUUGAGGGUUGUUGUUGUUACUUCAACAGAGUAUUACACUGUGUUAUUCUGUCACACGUUCAGUUAGCAUUAGAACCUUCUUAUCUAGAAGUUCAGCACUUCUUGUACCUGAAUUUUGCAUUUCUUGUACAUCGCUCUGGAUAAGAGGCUCUGCUAAAUGCCUGUAAUGUAACGUAAUGUAAUAUAAAGUAAUACAAGCUGAUGCACAACAAA